AUGCUAAAUGAAAGAUUACCAAUGACAACAUAUUUCAUUCGCAACUAUAUAGAAAUCUUGAAGGAGUGUGGUGGAAUGAACAUUGAGAAACAGAUGAAGAUUUAUACAAAGAGAGAGAACAAAUAUGUAGUUCGUUAUGAUAGAACAACACCGUUAUGGGAUGUUAUGAAAACAUUGUGGGAGUGCAAAUAUUUCGAACCUAUUUCUUAUGGAGAACUUUUCACAUAUACUACUGACUUAUAUAAACAGAACCUUGCACCAUUUAAAGAUUUGACAUAUGCUCCAAAGUAUUGUGUACAACUGAAGAAGAAAGCCGAGUCAAAAGAAGUAAAUAAAAAUAAGUGCAAGUUCAUUCCUGAGCACGUUUUCUUUGCUGACUUUGAGUGUAGCACUGAUGGAGUUCAUAAAGCUUUUAACAUCUGUUAUGACAGUGAAGAUGGUUCAGUGAGUGAAAGCAUAUGGGGUCAGAACUGUGCAACAGAAUUUUUGGAGCGACUUCCUGACAAGAGUUUAAUAUAUUUCCAUAACCUCAGUUAUGAUAUAAACUUCAUCUUAAGACACAUGACAGAAGUGAAAGGAACUCCCAUCAUUAAAGGUUCACGAACAAUGCAAAUAACUGGCUUAUAUAAAGGAAGGGCAAUUAUUAUAAAAGACUCUUACAGUGUUAUAAAUAAGAAGCUUAAACUAUUUCCUGCUAUGUUUAACUUACAAACAGGACCGAAAGAAGUAUUUCCAUAUAACUACUACAGCAGUGUUUUGUUAGCAAAUGACAACAGAACUGGUGUCAUUUCUGAAGCAUGUAAGUUUAUCCGGGAUGCAGAUACAUUUAUGAAAAACAUAGAUUCCAUCAAAGGUUGCAGAAUAG